CACGCGUCAGUUGGCGGUGGGUACAGUUGAGAGCAUUCGUGGGUGGAAGACGGGUGGGAGGUAUGAAAGAGGAACUGGCGGUUAGGCGGUCGGGGAGGGGGAGGUGUAGGUGCUGGUGGCGGUCUGCUGCAGUCUGUCAUCAACUUCCUCUCUCUCUCCCCCUCUCACUCAUUCCUAGUGUUUUGACUGCGCCGGACCGGGUCACGUGAGAAAUCGCUCUUCAGCCAUUGGUUGACAAAUACGCUGCCCCUGGACUUUCUCACCCGUCUACGCACGGCGCACAGUCCGAAUAACUCCGUGGCGUCUAGCAUGGUUGCCAACAGUUGUAGUAACGCCGCUCUCCGGUGAAGAAGGGGCGGAAAGUUCUCGGGGAGUUUUCACCGUUUCGCUGUGUGCUCUCUCCUCUCUCUCACUCUCUCUCUCCUGCUUUGCUUUUAUCUGCCAGAUGUCCGGACUACCAGCUUCAGUUGUCGUUCUUUUCCUUGCCAUGUCUGCCGUGCCUGUGAGUGACAGUACUGGAGUGUUCGAAGUGCAGCUGACGGCCCUGAUCAAUGGCUUGGGUCUCACUCACGGCGGUCGCUGUUGCUCCCCGAGCCACUACAACCACAUCAAAGCCAGCAGCGGCAGCGGUGCCACCACGUCAGCCUGAUCGGACAGGCCGAUAGAGUUGGGCAGUGGUACCUCGACGGUAACGUGGACAGCCACAAGGAGGAAGCGGUCAGCGAGGAGGAAGAAAGAAGAGGAAGAAGAUGAGGACGACGACUGCCAAGAAGAAUGUCGAACAUUUUUACGAGUUUGCCUGUCGCACCAGCAGCAGCCUCUGCCACCGAGCACUGGACCCAUCCUGUGCACGUUCGGAACCGCGGUGUCGCCGGUGCUAGGGGGUAACAUCCUUGACCCCUUCGGCACGUGGGGGGAGACGGAAGGCGCUGGUCAUCAUGUUGAUCGCCACCAUCGUCCGAGUUAACUUCACCUUCUCCUGGCCGGUAUUCUACACAGUCGUGGUGGAGGCGUGGCAUGAUCAGUUCGGUAACAGGAGUGUGUCAGACCCGAGCAACGUCAUCGCCCGCGUCCUGCACGCUGGUCGUCUGCUUCCAUCUUAUCGCUGGCAAAACGUCAGCAGCUCCUUCCGCGGCACCCACUUCAGCAUCCGCUUCCGGGUCGUGUGCGACCGCAACUACUACGGACCGAGGUGCGACGUGCUGUGCAAAAAAAGCGACAACCCCAUCAUCGGCCACUACGCCUGCGACGACAACGGCUCGCGCGUGUGCCUCGAUGGAUGGGAGGGAGAGUCGUGCGACAAAGCCAAGUGCAGCGAGGCGUGCCAGGAGGGCCGCGGGUACUGCGACAAGCCCUACGAGUGCCGGUGUCACCUCGGGUGGAAAGGCACGGAAUGUCAUCAGUGCCAGACCUACCCAGGGUGUCUCCACGGUUACUGCAUCCACGCCUGGCAGUGCAUCUGUCAUCAAGACUGGAGCGGGUCCCAUUGUAACAUAGACAAUCACUACUGCCAGAGGUACAGCCCGUGUAAGAACGGAGGCACGUGUGCUUAUGACGAGGUCACCAACUACACGUGUUCCUGUCCCCAGGGGUUCGGCGGCGUCAACUGCGCUCACACCGUGUGCUACGACGGCUACUGCCUGAACAACGGCCUGUGCGUGAUGUCUGCAGGAAGGCGAAGUUGCCGCUGUCGUCGAGGUUUCGAUGGGCAUCGCUGCCAGAAUGCGGAAGUGACGUGUGGGCAUGGAGUCUGUCGCAACAAUGGUACAUGCAGGAGGGAUGGAGGCAAUAUCCGGUGUUUGUGCCGUCCUGGUUUUAAGGGAGACUGGUGCGAGGUGGAAAUGGCUGAAUGUCAGUCUAACCCAUGCAAACACGGCGGGGUAUGCAGAGACCGCGUGAAUGGCUAUCACUGCGAAUGUCGGACAGGCUACGGCGGAAAAAGCUGCGAACUCUCCCUCGACCCCUGCAUUGGGUUUCGCUGCUUCAACCACGGAUCCUGCAUCUCCACCGCCAUUGGCUUCACCCCAAGCUGUCUGUGUCGCCCCGAAUUCACGGGACAACGCUGCGAGUCGCCCCUGGACCCCUGCGUGGGCAUCUACUGUCUCCACGGAGGAACGUGCCUCCGCAUCGGCAACACCGAAUUUCAGUGCGCAUGCGCCAACGAAUACACCGGAAGUGUGUGCCAGAUUCCGCCGCCGAGUGUCGUGUGCAAAGACCAGCCUUGUCUGCACGGCGGCACGUGCCGAAGGACGCACGAAGGAAACAUGAUGUGCGCAUGCGCUCCAGGUUUCCGGGGAGCUCUGUGCGAAAGCCAAGUUCCGGUCGCGGCCCUCUCUACAAUCGCUGACGUUGUCGACGACGGGGCUGGAGAAGAAGACACAUUGACUCCGCCCCAGGAAGGGCCAAAAAACUUGCAGGUGCCCAAUGACUCGGUCUGCUUGCACAUCUGCAGGGCAGCCAUUGCAUUGUGGGUGACAGUGUGCACAACUGUGACGGUUCUGCUGCGAUACACGUAGCCAAUGGCAAAGAUUGGCGCUAGACUGCGUAUAUGUGUGUGUUUGCCUGUGUGUCAAGUCAGUGAGGUUGUCCGUUAAUACGACAAGUUUGAAUGUGCUUGUAUUUAUGAUUAUAUGGAAGUGUGUGCGUUGUGCAUGAGAGAGAUGUGAUGUUAGUAAUAUGGUGUCUUUGUCUGUAUGCGCCAAGUGUGUGUGUGCCAGCAAAGUCAAGGAAGGAAUGAGAGUGUGGAAAAUUCCUCCAAAAGAGGGAAAAAACAUUUAUGGAGAUGUACACAACUAUUCAGUGAAAAUCCAAGUACUAGAGUUUGUAUAUGUGUUUGUAUAAUCAUUUCUGGUUGUGACUUUCCUAAUGCAUACUGCACUUGCAGAACAAGACAAGAUAGAGCAAGAACAUUGUUAUGACAAAACCCCAAGUUCAUUUCAAACCGCAUUCAUAUUUUUUUCCCUUUAUUCGCUCCUGGAAACUCCGUCUGUGGUCCUUGCGAGCAUCUCACUUCAAACUCAGGCGAGAACAACGCAGCCACUAUCUUCAGAUUAAUUUCUUCUGCAGGCUGCAACAUCCUUUCUAUUGCUCGCUGAGAGGCCACACACGUAAACAGACGGAGGGUUGGUGGGAUGGGGGCUGGCUCUCUCUCGUCCGGAAGUCGGGAAAUGACUUCAAAAUUGUAGGAAAGAGAGGGAGGUCUUGGAGGAAGACUGGGCCACAAACACAUCCGUUUUCUCUCGAGGAAGAACUGUUUAUCUUAGAAUAACGUCAGGGAUUUUUUUUUUUAAUCACAGCAAACGAGGAAAGUUUCUUGAAUACUCGUCAAAACAAUAAUAUUUAAAAGAUUCUAUAGACAUAUUGUUAGUUUAUAAUAUUUUCCGAACAUAUGUAGAUUUUAUUUUUGCAUAUUUAAGUUAUGUCGAUCAUAUGAACAAGAAAGUUUUUUCACACCAUCCGUGGAAAUGGUAGGCAUGAACUGUUAAUCAACGUUUUGAUUUAUGGACAACCAUUACAAUUAAGUCAAGUGCUUCAAACACAAACCUUUUAAAAAUAAAUUUUCGUUUUUAUUCUUGAUUUUGGUUAGAAUGAAACAAUCCCUGAACAGUUUGCUGCAUGAAAAACUCCAAUUCCAGUUCUGUUCACAGAAAGCUUACUCAUUAUUUUCCGUCCCUUGUACUUGUCCAUCAGUUUUAAUAAGCUUCAUCUGAUUGCUUCUCAUGAUUCCACUUUGCAUCCUAUUAAAGCACCAGGCGGCAGAGGGAAGAAAUGCAAACAUGAGAGCCUCUUGCAAAAUCCGUUUGUGAGGUUUUCCCUUAUUGGGUGUUUCGUCGGGAAUUUUGGUUCUAAACACAGGAGAGCAAAUGCUUCCUUUAUUUUUUGCUGAAAGGAUUGAGAUGAAGUAAGACAUUGUCUGCGAGCAAAGAGAAAAAAAAAGCCAUUUCAGGAUUUUAUUGGGGUUUUUUUCCUUGUGUGUUUAGAAAUUACAAAUAAAAGUUCACAAUAUUUUCUGCCUCGUGCAUUCACUAAAAA